AUGAACCACCACGUCCACCACCUCCAGAACCACCCCCACACCCACCACCAGCGCAGCCCCUCCCACCACCACCCCGCCUGGCCGCGGCAGAAGUUCUACAUAAACAGCCACGCCUCCCAUGCCGCCGCCGCCUCCGCCGUUCCCAGGCCCCCUCCCCCUUCCGCCGCCGCCGCCGGCAGCUCGAAUUUCUCCUGCCUCUCGGCGUCGGACUUCGCGGGCCGCCGCUCCACGAGAUUCGUCUCCAAGAUGCACUUCGGCCGCCCUAGGUCAAACGCCUCCUCCCGCCACUCCGCCGCGGCCGAGGAGGCGCUCCACCACGCCGUUAACUGCGGCGGCGAGGUAAAUUCCCUGGAUAACGUUUUACUCAGUUUCGAGUCGAGGCUCUGCGCGUCUGACGAUUAUACGUUUUUGCUGCGUGAGCUGGGGAAUAAGGGGGAUUGGACGAAAGCCAUGAGGUGUUUCGAAUUUGCAAUUAGUCGCGAGAGGAGAAGGAAUGAGCUUGGUAAGCUAGCUAGCUCGAUGAUUAGUACCCUUGGUAGAUUAGGGAAAGUUGAUUUGGCAGAGAAAGUGUUUGAGAAUGCUGUGAAUGAGGGUUAUGGGAAUACCGUUUAUGCUUAUUCUGCUUUAAUCAGCGCUUAUGCAAAGAGUGGGUACUGUGAUGAGGCUAUUCGGGUGUUUGAGAGUAUGAAAGACUCGGGCUUGAAGCCUAAUUUAGUGACCUAUAAUGCUUUGAUUGAUGCGUGUGGAAAAGGGGGUGCAGAUUAUAAACGUGCCUUGGAGAUUUUCAAUGACAUGUUGUCUAAUGGGGUCCAACCAGAUAGAAUCACUUACAAUUCACUUCUUGCGGUUUGUAGUGGUGCCGGGUUGUGGGAUAGUGCACGGCGUUUGUUUGAUGAGAUGAUUUAUAAAGGGAUAGAUCAGGAUAUUUAUACGUAUAAUACUCUUUUGGAUGCCGCGUGCAGUGGGGGCCACAUGGAUGUCGCUUUUGAGAUCAUGGCCGAGAUGCCCGCGAAGAAUGUAUUUCCUAAUGAGGUGACUUACAGCACUAUGAUCCGUGGGUGUGCAAAGGCGGGUAGACUCGACAGAGCCCUGAACUUGUUCAAUGAAAUGAAGUUUGCAGGUAUUAAAUUGGAUAGAGUGUCUUAUAACACAUUACUUGCUAUUUAUGCUAGUCUUGGUAGGUUUGACGAGGCUUUUGCUGUCGGUAAGGAGAUGGAGAGUAUUGGCAUUCAAAAAGAUGUUGUAACCUACAAUGCUUUGUUAGAUGGGUUUGGUAAACAGGGAAUGUAUGAUAAGGUGAAGGAACUGUUUGAAGAGAUGAAAAAGGGGCGCCUCUCUCCAAAUUUAUUAACUUACUCGACUUUAAUCAGUGUUUACUGUAAAGGUGGUUUGUACAAGGAGGCUAUGGAUGCCUAUCGAGAAUUCAAGCAACAAGGGCUGAAAGCUGAUGUUGUUUUCUACAGUAAAUUGAUUGAUGCCUUGUGUAAGAAGGGGCUGGUCGAGUCAUCCGCCUUGUUGCUUGAAGAGAUGAUGAGUGAAGGUAUUUUACCUAAUGUGGUGACUUAUAACUCGAUUAUUAAUGCCUUUGGUCAGGCAGAGAGUUUUGAUAGUUUGGAGUCGCGUUUGGAGACCUCGAAAUUAGUGGUUCUUCAGAAUGCUGGCGGUGGGGAAGAGAGAGAAGAUGAUAGAAUUAUAGAGGUUUUCAAGCAGUUGGCUUUUGGAAAAUCGGGUAAUAGGAAGCGUGAGCAGAUGGGGAGAAAGGACUUUAGAUGUGUUGUGGGUGUUUUCCGUAAGAUGCAUGACAUGGAAAUAAAGCCCAAUGUUGUAACCUUCUCAGCCAUCCUUAAUGCUUGCAGCCGUUGUAGCUCAUUUGAAGAAGCUUUGUUGCUGCUAGAGGAGCUGCGUCUUUUUGAUAAUCAAGUGUAUGGAGUUGCACAUGGUCUUCUCAUGGGAUACAAUGAGAACACAUGGUCUCAAGCUCUUUCACUUUUUGACGAGGUGAAGCGGAUGGAUUCUUCUACAGCAUCUGCUUUUUACAAUGCUUUGACUGAUAUGCUGUGGCACUUUGGCCAGACAGUGUGUGAUUCUCAGGCUCAAUUUGGUAAAUGA